AUGGUUAAGACUACUUACGCCCUUACGCUCUUUGCGGCUGUCAGCCUGGCGGCGCCUGUUCAGCAGCUUGAUGGUCGUGCGGAAAAGCAUGGCGCUGCUGAGCACAAGAAUCUGAUUGAGGAUAUUCCUAUCCUUGGGCCUAUGCUUUCAGGCAAGCACGAUAAGCGCUCCACUGACAAGCCUGACCACCACAACUUCAUUGAUGAUCUUCCGAUUAUUGGAAAGCUGAUUGGCAAUGAGAAGUCUAACCAGCGCCGAGAUCUCGGUACUGAUCUUGGUACUAAAGGUAUUAGUGGCUUGCCAAUCGUUGGAGGGUUGUUCGGAAAGCACACGCACACCGGUGGAGUCAAUGGCAUGACUCAGCGCCGAAGCUUCGACCAGAACUAUGGCCAGAACUACGGUCAGAACUACGGUCAGAACUACGGUCAGAACGAGGGACAGAAUGAUGGUCAAAAUGAGGGCCAGAACGAGGCGCAGAAGUAUCAGAACGAAGGCCAAAACGAAGGUCAGAACGAGGGUCAGAACGAAGGCCAGAAUGAGGGUCAAAAUGAAGGCCAGAACUGGGCUCAGCAGUACCAAAACGGAGGCCAAAACGGAAAGCGUGACCUCGCGGCUGACUUGAAUGAUGAUUUGGGUGGCCUCAGCAGCCUUCCCAUCGUCGGCGAUCUUCUUGGAAAGGAGGUACUACAUACAAUCCCACCAAUUGGCUCGGACAAGGACAAGCCCUCGCACAAGCAGACUAACGAUCCUGCCAAGCACCUCGACGCUCGCCAGGCCCCCGGCCACUCCAAGGGUAUCUUCGGUAUCCUCCAGUCCCUCACCAGCGGCGGUCCCAUAACCAAGAACCAGAAGCGCAUGAACGAGGAGUUCUCCGAGCUCGAGUCUAUGAGCGAUCUUCUGGAGGGAGCCGUUGAGACUGGUCUGGAUGCCGAGGCUUCUGCCAUGCCUGUCCGCCGCGCCGAGCCCGCUGCCUCCAAGGGCAACGGAGCCCAACAGGGCAACCAGAACGGCAAGGUUAGCGAGAGCUCCAACGGCCUUCUCGGCCACUCGGACGCCGAGAAGGAAUCCGCCAACCAGGACAGCGCGGCAAGCAAGACCCUCCUAGGCGAGCUGUUUGGAAAGGAUGGUCUUGGUGCUAUCAAAGGCAACUCCCAGCACGGCGUCGGUCUCUUCCCCAUGCGCCGUGACACAAAUGGACUCGAGACUAGACAGGCUCCUCCCAUCGAGGGCUCGACGCUCGCUGGUGUUCUUCUCUCCGGUGGUGCCCUGGGAAAGGUUACGCAGUUGCUUGACCCCAGCACUGCUAUGCACAAGCCUGGUGAUAACUCGCCCUCUCAGGUCGGUGAUGGGUCUAUUACUGGUCCUCCGGAUCCUAGCUCUGGUGCUGGUCCUCACUCUGGUCCCGGUCUGGCUGCGGAGCAGAAGAAUGGUGCUUCUCAGUAA